GGGGAAGCACUAACAACGCUAAACCAUAAACAUCUUGAUAUGGAGACCAAUGGGAAGCAGUUGUGGGUCAAAGCUCCAUUGGAGUGGGACACGCCAAGCGAGUUUUGCACGCCAUCACCGCCAAAAUUUUGGACUUCCCGCAUUCUGCUGCGUCCAGCCUUUGCAGGGGGCAGCAGUGCAAACCCAGAAGGCCCCAAUCCCAUCAACACUUGGAAGUCGAGAAUCGCAACACUAUUCCAGCGACAACUUCCAGCGCAACAGAAUUCAAAAUGGCGACAGUACUACCACCCCCGUCGAAGCGCCAGAAGAGAGAGGAGAUUGAGCGCACCACAACACAGCUAGAUGUCGCCCCGAUACUGGCGCCCGAGCUCGGCUCCUUCAAGGCCAACUUCGUCGACAGCGAUGGCAACCAGAUGACCGAUGUGAUCGAAAUCAACUUUGCCGAUGCCACCGAGAAGAACAUCUCCGUCUUGCUCAACACACUACUCGAGAGAGACCGCGAAGAGUUCACCCCAUACCGAUUCCGCAUCCAUAUUCCCGGCAAGGAUAUCAUUGUCGACCAGUACCCAUCCGACCUCCUCGGCCUUCUCAAGCAGCAUGGCGUCGAGAACCCCUUCGAAACCACCAUCACACUUAGCGCCGAGCCCCAGGCUGUUUUCAGGGUACAAGCAGUUUCGCGCCUUGCCCAUCGCAUUCCCGGUCACGGCCAACCCAUCCUCGCAGCCCAGUUCUCUCCUAUUUCGUCCGGUCGCCUUGCUACCGGAAGUGGCGACAACACAGCCCGUAUCUGGGACACAAAUACCGGUACGCCGAAGCACACACUGAAAGGACACACCGGCUGGGUUCUCGGCGUCAACUGGAGACCCGAUGGAGAGCAACUAGCGACCUGCAGCAUGGAUGGCACAGUGAGGAUAUGGGACCCCGAGGCCGGCAAGCCCGUUGGUCAGCCUUUCAAGGGCCACGCCAAAUGGGUGUUGAUGACGGCGUGGCAGCCUUACCACUUGUGGAGAGACGGCACUCCUAGGAUCGCCAGUGCUAGCAAGGACGGUACCUGCAGAAUUUGGGUUGUCAACACAGGCCGCACCGAGAAUGUCCUGAGCGGUCACAAGAGCUCCGUUGCCUGCGUGCGAUGGGGUGGAACCGAUCUGAUCUACACUGGCUCGCACGACAAGGUUAUCCGUGUAUUCGAUGCCGUCAAGGGCACCUUGGUACACAGCCUCACAUCUCAUGCCCACUGGAUCAACCACAUCGGUCUGUCCAGCGACCAUGCCCUUAGGACCGCAUACUUCGACCACACCAAGGACGUCCCUGCUACUGAGGAGGGCAAGAGGGAGAAGGCUAAGGAGCGUUUCGAGAGAGCGGCCAAGAUCAACGGCAAGGUUGCUGAGCGGAUAGUAUCUGCCAGUGAUGAUUUUACCAUGUACCUGUGGGAUCCCACCAACAACGGUACCAAGCCCGUUGCUAGACUUUUGGGACACCAGAACAAGGUGAACCAGGUUCAGUUCUCUCCUGAUGGCACUCUGAUUGCCUCGGUUGGUUGGGAUAACAGUGUGAAGCUCUGGAAUGCUAGGGACGGCAAGUUCCUCAAGAGCUUGAGGGGCCAUGUUGCACCCGUAUACCAAUGCUCCUGGUCCGCCGAUAGCAGACUUCUUAUCACGGCUAGCAAAGAUACUACCCUCAAGGCAUGGAACGUUCGUACUGGCACUCUCGCCAUGGACCUUCCCGGACACGAAGACGAGGUAUACGCCGUCGACUGGUCGCCGGAUGGCAAGAUGGUAGGAUCUGGCGGAAAGGACAAGGCCGUGAGGACAUGGAGGAACUAAAGGAGAGAGAGCGGGAACGAAUCCUACCCUCCUACAGCCAACAGAACCCGGGAGCACCGGCUCUACCUGACCCGUGGAGGCCUCACAGCGGUGUGAUUUGAUUUCUUGGCUUGCUUCCGUGGUGUUUGCAGCAGUUCGCACAAAUGAGCGUGCCGGCCUCGGAUACUACAUACCUUUCCUGCCAGGAACACUCUUUUACGGCAAUGUUCACGAAGCUAAGUUUCUUGGACGUCAGCCU